GCGAAGCAGCAGCAGCAGCAACAGCCGCCGCAGCCGCUUCUCUCUCUGUCUCUCUCUCUGUGUCUCUCGCUCGCUCUUCCUCCCGCCAGGUCGCCCGGCUUUCCCGGCCGCCCGCCCGCCCGCGCGCGUGUGUCCUCCUCUGCCGCCGCCGCCUCCGGGCUCCUCCGCUUCGCCGCUCCCCGCAGGGCGCCGCGCUCCCGAGAAGGCCGGCGGGGCUGGGCCUGCCCGGCCCGGCGGCGGCGGCAGCGGCACUAGCGGCGGCGGCAGGCAGUAGGAGGGCGAGGAGGAGGAGCCGCCGCCGCCGCCGCCGCCGCCGCCCCGUCGUUCUUGGGCCGGCUCGCCGUUUGAUGGAUCCCCGGAUCGCCUGGUUCCAGCCAGAGCAGCUCGGCCCUUCGAACCGCCUGUGGAUGCAGAUUUGGGAGACCACGCAAGGGGUCCGCAACCUCUACUUCCAGCAGCAGCAGCAGCAGCAGCAGAGCCAGCCGGCCGCCGCCGCCCCGGCCUCGUCUUCCUCGUCGUCGUCCUCUUCUUCUUCUUCUUCGUCCGCCUCCUCGUGCAGCAGCAGCAGCAGCAGCUCCCCGUCGACCCCCGUGGCCGCCUCCGCCGCUUCGUCCCCGCCGCCGCCGCCGCCGCCCGGCAUGUCCCGCGUCCCGCGUGGCGGCGACCCGCAGCCCGACUUCCUGCCGCUGGAGAGCGCCGGCCUGCCCCACCAUCACCACCACCACCACCAACCAUCAUCAUCCCAGCAGCAGCAGCAGCGCCAGGCCUCCCCGCAGCCUCCCGCCUGGGCAGCCCGGCCCGGCGUCCAAGCGACCCCCGCUGCCCCGCAGGCCGCCGCGGGGCCUUCUCCGGCCGCCGCGGCCUCGGCUCCCCGUGCGGCUUCGCCCGCGGCUCCGGCGGCCUCGGCUGGUGCCGCUGCCGCCGCUGCCGCUGCUGCGGCUGCUGCGGCGGCGGCGGCGGCCAGCAACAAGAGGAAACGGGACAACAAGGCCAGCACUUUCGGCUUCAACUGCACGCUGCUGCUGGGCCCCGCCGGGGAAAGCGGCGGCCGGCUUUGGGGAACGGGCCUUUGGGGAGGCCGCCGGGCGGGCCGAGGAGCCGGCCUACACCGGCACCCCGUGGAAGAAGACGAAUUACAGCCCCGGCGUGGUGGGUAUUAUGUAGGUAUCUUCUCGCGUCACACUAUUGUGGAUGCUUUGGCACUCUGCACACGGAAGAAAGGAGGAGGGGUCCUUAAGAAGCUUAAGUAG